AAAAUGCAGAGUGAGAGCACACAUAAUAAUAAACAAAACAAAAAAUGGAGAACAACGGAGAGCAAAUCGCGUCGCUGCUGCCGGCACCCAGAGUUGCAGUAGUCGUAUUUCUUUUGAAAGACAGAUCAAUCCUUCUCGGCCGCCGCCGUUCUUCUUCUGUUGGAGACGCCACUUUCGCACUUCCCGGCGGCAACCUCGAAUUCGGGGAAAGUUUCGAGGAAUGUGCAGCGAGAGAAGUGAAAGAGGAAACAGGGUUAGAUUUAGGUCAAAAUUAUAAAAUAGAGUAUUUGACUGUAACCAAUAACGUGUUUUUGGAUCAGCCAAAGAAAUGUCAUUAUGUCACUAUUUUUAUGAGAGUGGUUUUGGAUCCACAAGAUGAACAACUGGUUCUGAAUCUUGAGCCUGAAAAGUGUGAUGGUUGGGAUUGGUUUAAUUGGGAGAAUCUUCCGCAACCAUUGUUUUGGCCUCUCCAAAAGAUGCUCAAAGGAGGCUUUGAUCCUUUUCUUCCUUGAUUUUAUUUGGUUUGGAUUUGUUUGUAGGAUAUAUGUAUUAUAUAGUCUUGAUUGAGCAAUUUGCGACUAUGUUUGUAAUCUAUUUUGUUGUUAUUUGCGACUAUGUUUGAUCAACCAGUUGGAUAUAUUUUUUGUUAUAGUGAUGAGAUAAGAAUCAGAACUUUCUCUCAA